UAGUGAUAGGUUUGCCAAAGUAACUAGCCAAAAACUCAUUUUCAAGGGUUAGUCUCUCAUUUUCUUUCUCUAGAAUCUGUGUGCUCCCCCACUUUCCUGCGACCUCAAAACCAGUGGCAAAAAAAUGGCGGCAACAGCAACCGGAUCUUCUAGAAGAUCCUCAAGCGGACCAGUCAUCCGAUCACUCUCUCCGUCCGGCAGAUUCCACCUUCCUCACUCGCCAUCUUCUUCAACUGCUUUCGCUUCUUCCAGCUCCAGCUUUGCUUCUCGCUCUUCCACUUUAUUUUCCGGCCACCACCAAUGCCACAGAUCUGCAUCUCCCACUCGUGUUAACUUGUACGGAAAUACGCGGUCUGCUCCUUCUGUCCGUUUCUCCCUCGACCGUCCGAUCUCCCCUAAUCGCUCCAUCUCCACUAUCAAUCCUUCUCGCGGCCACCAAGUAGUCAGGAAGCCGAGCACUCCGAAGAGGACUUGUAUGUGCUCUCCUACGACGCACCCUGGUUCCUUUCGCUGCAGCCUCCACAAGAGCUUCAACAAUUCACACUCAUCCGUCAGUUACUCGCCAAAUACUCGCUUAAAUGCGCGCAGAUCGGCGAUGACGAACUCCUUGGUGCGAAUCUGUGGAGUGGAGGGUGAUUUGGUCAAGAGAGCUUUAUCGGCUUUGAUUCGGCCGUCUUCUCACCAACAACGGCGGCGCGCAGCUUUCCAACCACGUCCGAGCCGGCUCUCUGUCAUGUGCAAAGCCGAAGAUUUGCGUUAAUAGGGGUAUGUUAGUCAACAAACUUAUUAUUCGAUUAAUUGUCAUAAUUUUCCGGCGACGGAGAGGCUCAGAUCCGGCGAGUGGCAGCGCAUGAGAAUUGCGACGGACUUAUUUUAUUGGAUCCGAUAGCAGGGGCUUUGAUAUAUAAUUUUUGUUGUAAGUGUACAUACCUACGACGGUAUAUGAAAAGAGCUGCGGCCAUGAAUGGCCAAUUUCAGGA